GUAAACAUACAAAAUGGCCAGCCAGAUGGCAGUGUUGGUCCUUGUUGGGCUCUCUCUUUUUGUGGGUAUAUUUGCGACAGGGGGCUGGGGAAACGUCCCUCUUCAUGAUCCUCGAUUGAAUGAACUCACUAACUAUGCGAUCAACAAGUUGAAUACGAAAGAAGGCAACGUAUAUUGGUCUAAGUUGGUCCAGAUCAAGAGUGCUUCAAAACAGGUUGUCAAUGGCUUAAGAUGGAAGAUCACAUUCAGCUGGAAGCCCACGAGGUGUACGCUACAAAUUAGUCUUCAGGCACCUGAUCCAAAUGCCUGCGAGUUUGACAGCGAUGCUCAGGAGAGCACAUGCACAGUUGAACUCUAUGAAGCUCCUUACUACCAUGACCAGCCUAAUACACCAAGGGAGCCCCAAGUUACAAGGUUACAAUGUAAUCAGCCUCAACAGAAAGCAAAGGUGGCUACCUAUAACACCAGGGUAGGAGGAGCACACCCCAUCAGUAAUCUGGAUGAUGAGACUGUUGUGACAGCAGCCAAGAAGGCUGUUGAACGCAUCAACAUGGCUACCAAUUCAAUGUACCUGAAGUCGUUAAUACGGAUCCAGAGUGCAACAAGACAAGAAACUUCUGGUAGUCGAAUCAGGCUGAAGCUGGCCAUGGGAACUUCAACGUGCCGUAAACAAGGGAGUCAAUUGUUUGCGACUGUGGAGCACUGUCCUUUAGCAGUCAACAGCGUGCCUGAGAUAUGCUCAGUUUCGGUUGAGCUUUGGCAGAAUAAGUAUGAUAUUGAGAGCUUUUCAUGCAGCCCACAGGAAGAAACCCGUUUCAAGAGAAGUGUAGAUGAGAACGUUGUCCAAAUGGAACAGCCAAUUCUUGGUGGUGAUGACGGUCAUGACAUACAUUACGGAAUGUUUCAAAGUUUCAAAAUGAAAUUCAACAAGAUCUAUGCAUCCAAGGAAGAGGAACUUCGUCGGUUCAGAAUCUUCCAGGAAAACAUGAUCAAGGCCAGGAAGAUCCAGUCCAUGGAGAUGGGCACUGCCAGAUAUGGUGCUACCAAGUUCUCUGAUCUCACUGAGGAGGAAUUCCGCAAGAACUACCUGUCACCCGCCUGGAAAGCAGACAACACCAUGAAGAAAGCUAAGACACCAAAUAUUGUUGCGCCAGAUGCCUUUGAUUGGAGGGACCACAAUGUUGUAACAGAAGUCAAGAACCAGGGAUCAUGUGGCUCCUGCUGGGCUUUCAGCACAACCGGUAACAUUGAAGGCCAGUGGGCUUUGAAGAAGAAAAACCUGGUUUCUCUGUCUGAACAAGAAUUGGUCGAUUGUGACAAAGUUGACCAGGGUUGCAAUGGUGGACUGCCAUCCCAAGCCUACAAAGAGAUCAUCAGACUAGGUGGUCUUGAGGGAGAGACUGACUAUCCAUACAAAGGAAGGAACGAUAAGUGUGCAAUGGAGAGGUCCAAGGUCAAGGUCUACAUCAACGAUUCUGUGACCAUCUCAACGGAUGAGGCCCAGAUGGCUACGUGGCUAGCUGCCAACGGACCAAUUUCUAUUGGUAUCAAUGCAAAUGCUAUGCAGUUCUACUUUGGUGGUAUCUCACAUCCUUGGAAGAUCUUCUGUUCACCAGAAAACCUUGACCAUGGUGUCUUGAUUGUCGGCUAUGGAUUAAAGGGCAGUGAACCUUACUGGAUUGUCAAGAAUAGUUGGGGACCAACCUGGGGUGAAAAAGGAUACUACCUUGUUUAUCGUGGUGCUGGAGUCUGUGGUUUGAACAGGAUGCCAACUUCUGCUGUCGUCAAGUAAUUUACACAGAUAUUCAGGUGAUCCAUCCAUGAUUCCUCAUGAUUUUCAUCCAAGAAUCUGUGAUUUGGAGCUGAUGAUUUCUGAAGCAUUUUUGUCAAAUUUGCACUUGUGAUGUAUAUUUUUUAGACAGAAAAUCUUUACUGUAUCCAGGCAGGUCUUGGUGUCAUUAUAAGGAAACACGUCCCUGCCCUUGCAGUAUAAUUUGUAUGCCUCUGUAUUUCUUGAGACUCGACUCUGAUUAUGGUAAUCUAGUGAGUGACUUUUUGUACUUAGAGGAAGUUGGAAUUUCUUUCAUACAAUGUUUUCAGGGUUUUACAUAGAUCAUGUUAUAAACUUGUGAAACUGUGAGUUUACUGCUCCUUUUAUAGAUAAUUCCAGAUAUCGAGCUCUAAACUUUUUCAACUUAGUAUUCCCUAGAGUUCUUCAUAGUUUACUGCUUCCUUUAUGUGCAAUACCAGUUAUUGAGCUCCAUUCUUUCAAUUUAGUAGACCCCAGAGUUCUUCCAUUUUCAAAUUGUUAAGUACUGAAGUUUUGUUUUCUCCUUGGUAGAAGUUAGGACUGGUUUAAAAGAUGAGUAAUUUAUUUUUGUGUAAUCAGAUGAAGUUUGUCACAAACUUUACUGUCUUAUCAACAGUUGAUAUCAUUUUAAAGGCAAGGCUCUACUACAACCACUUUUGCUGUUGUGUGAGCAUAAUUACAGGAAUGACGCUGAUGUGUAUAUUCCCGACUCAAAUUAUAUAUGCCAAGAUUUCUAUUUGUAAAUAAGACAUUUUUAUAUUCUAAACCUUGUAUAAUAAUUUCUGAAUAAACUUACAAUGUUAGCUGAUCAAAA